GUGCCUGGCGGCGUCGACAUCGUGGGAGGAUCUGCAGCCACCGCUGGCCAGUUCCCAUAUCAGGUUGCUCUCCUGCACAGCGGCUCGUUGUUUUGCGGUGGCGUAUUGAUAAACGCCAACACGGUUCUCACUGCAGCCCAUUGCUCUGUAGACUAUUCGGCGUCAUCCGUCCAAGUCCGAGCUGGAUCACUUAAAUACGCCUCAGGGGGUACUCUUGUCAGCGUUUCAAAGAUCGUUGUUCAUCCAGACUACGAUGAGGAUACUAUCGAUAAUGAUAUCGCCCUCUGGAAACUAGCCACAGCUAUUCCCACGAGCUCGACAAUUGGCUACGCUACGCUGCCAGCGCAGGGUUCUGAUCCAGCCGCCGGAGUAUCAACCACAGUAUCUGGAUGGGGGCUCACAUCUGAGAGUGGGUCAACUCUUCCAACAUCUUUGAGAUAUGUCUCAGUACCAGUUGUGUCCCGUACCACAUGCCGGUCCGACUAUGGUACCUCCGCAAUCACAAACAACAUGUUUUGCGCUGCUGCAUCCGGCAAAGACUCGUGCAGCGGAGACAGUGGUGGACCAAUCACCAUUACAUCCACUGGAGUCCUGGCUGGCACUGUAUCAUGGGGUCAAGGAUGCGCUGAGGCUGGGUAUCCUGGAGUGUAUGAGAGAAUUGGCAACUAUGUUGACUAUAUCAAUGCGAAU